CUCGGUGUGUCGCAUGCAUGACACAUGCACACACGCACAAAGAAAGGGAAGGGUGGGAUGAUGUGCCGACUCAGACUUAUGAUGGCCUGUGUUGGAAUUUGUCAGAAGGAUGGACGACAUUCAUUUUCUUUCAUUUUCUCAAGUAUUGAAGUAGAUAUGGUGGUUUUGUGGCGACUUGUAGGUGCAGCAGAGCGUCCUGCGACUUCGUGGAGUUGUCAUGCAUUGCGGCAAGCAGAGUUCCAUGGCGCACUCAUGUCUUGGGGAGAGGGGGUUGAAUACUGUGCAGGGGGGCAAAGCAAGGCAUGGUAUCUCAUGGCGGCAAGUGGAGGAGGCUCGAGUCUACAGCAGGAGUGCGGUGCGGGGGAUGGGGCAAUGCGGGAUGCGACAAUAUCGAUAUUAUCAUCAAUACAGAGUCCGCGACUGAGGGGUUCCAGUGUGAGACAAGAUCCGCAUCGGAUAUGGGAAGGGGGUCUGAUUGUGGGGCAGAGGGCAGAUGGGGGUGGGUCGGGGGGUGGGUCGGGGGGCGGGGCGGGAAUGAAGCCUCCGUCGAUGCUGGGAAGGAGUUCGUCGUCGUUGAUCAGAUCCCAGACGGUGACGGUCGGGAUCUGUGGUCUAGCAGCGGCAGGACCGGUGACCCCUGCGUACGGAGGAGGGUCCCCUUCGGUUUCCGCGCAGGGGUCAUCGACCCAAAGUGCCAGAGACCGGCGGCUGCUCGAGGCGGCGUCGUUGUCGUCGUUCAUGCCACUUGUCCUUGUUGCAGUAUGCAUCUUUAUCUGGUUUGUGAUGAGAGCAGGAGAUCAACCCACGUGGAAAGACCUCCUGAACCCUUCGGAAGCGUCGGCGGGACAGAGCUGGUUGGAAUUUGCUAUCCUUCUGGCGUGCUUUUUUGCAGCGGUUCUAGCAUGUCGGAUGGCGGUGCCGUACCUGCGGGUGCUAAUGCUUCGGGUGUCCUCGGGGUCGUCCUUCACCAGAACGAUUGUGAUGACUCCCAAGGGGUUGCACUUGCUGCCAGUUGUGUUGCGGAGGAACGGCAGUGGGGGGGGUGGUGCUGGCGGGGCGGAGGAGGCGGGGAAAUUGUCGUUGUGCAAAGCGGACUACGGCAGCAUUCCUCAUUCGAGUAGCAGCGGCAGUGGGAGCGACUCGGGGGGAGUGGCCACCACUUUGAGCUCUACACCACGGUCCAUCCGGGCAACCGCCAGCGGGGUCCAUACGUACACCAACGGCGAUCGCUACGAAGGGGAAUUUUAUCAGGGGAAAUGCUCGGGUUGUGGGGUGUAUUAUUUUGCUAUGAGUGGUCGCUACGAGGGUGAAUGGGUUGAUGGGAAGUACGAUGGCAACGGCGUCGAAACGUGGUCGAGGGGCAGUCGCUAUCGAGGGCAGUACAGGCAAGGUCUCCGCGACGGGUAUGGCGUGUAUCGGUUUUACACCGGCGAUGUGUAUGCCGGCGAAUGGUCCAAGGGUCAGAGUCAUGGGAUAGGAAUGCAGACGUGUGCGGAUGGUAGCAGAUACAUCGGCGAGUUUCAGUGGGGAGCGAAGCAUGGGUAUGGCAAGUACAUCUUCAGGAAUGGGGAUACUUAUGCAGGGGAGUAUUUCUGUGACAAGAUGCAUGGAUAUGGAUGCUAUCAUUUUUCUAAUGGGCAUCGGUACGAGGGGGCAUGGCAUGAAGGGCGUAAGCAAGGACUGGGUCUUUACACGUUUAGGAACGGGGAGACGAGGGCAGGGAACUGGCACUUGGGAGCCCUCGAGACGAGGAGCACGCAAUCAGCUCCUCCCAAUUCGCCGACAGCAGUAAACCAUAGCCGGGUCUUGCACGCAGUGCAGGAGGCGAGGAGGGCAGCUGCGAAGGCUGAAGCCUUGCCCACCAACCAGGACAGGGUGAGCAAGGCAGUCGCGGCUGCGAAUCGGGCAGCUCUUGCCGCUAGAGUAGCUGCUGUCAAAGCAGCAGCACAGCGAGCUCGUAUUGGUGGCUUAAUGUGAUCCGCCGACUGUUUGUGCACUUCUGCACCUAUUCUUCUACUUUGUAUAAUCUGGAGAAACCUUUAUGGGUUCUACAUCAAACCCAUUGCUAUUUGCACGCUUUCCUUUUCUCCCUUUCUUACACCCCCAUUCUCCCUCGCCUCUUUUUCUCUCUCCUCCUCCAUGUUCAUAUGAUGGUUGUCUCUCUUCUCCAUCUCUCUCUCGUCUUCUGCUGUUCUUGCGCUCUUGGUCUCUCACCACACUUGUUUUGACACUGGAAACGCUUGUUCCGUGUCACACAUACAGCCCUCCUGGUCUCCUUUUCGCUGUCGUUUGUGGUGCCACUCUGCCCAAUUUUUUCGGCUGGUUGGUUUUCCCGUAUGACCGCAUCCAAUGCCUUACUGCCACUUCAUUGUGCACAUGCUUUUUUGGUUGACCACCUGUAUCUGGCUGUAGGCGUUGGCUACGUACACGUGGACAAAUUAUGGAUUGUAACAGCUUGUGCGCUACAUGUGAUGUUUCCGUGUGGCAUUCCCAGAAAAUUUGGUGUUUAGCUGAUGAUGAUGAUGAUGGUGACGAUGAUCAAUGGACUGCGUAUGCUGGGCUGCGUAUGCAGCCAAGAUAUCCCCGAUACAGUGACGUGAUACCCCUUUUGUUUCAAGCGAUUGAAAAAAGAAAGGACAAAUGCCUAUUGGUGUUUCCAUUUCUCUUUCCAUAUUGGUAUUUUUCCAUUUCUCUCUUUCUAAUAGGAGUAGGAAAAGGAAGAUUUCAAGCCAUAGCCACCUUCCCCCGGCCCCCCUCCCACCCCCCAAACUGUUUACCGUUGCAUUUGAGGCAGGACUGCAGUAGUCCUAGCCAGGCUGCAAGCCCUGACCUGCAGGUUGCUAUUGAGAAGAGAGCCCUGCAAAACCAGCUUGAGUGUUGUGCACUUGGUGCAAAGUUCUGCCCUGCACUUGACUGGCCACCCCUUCGAUUGUACUGCUAGCCUUCUCCUUAUCUAUCAGAAUCCACCCACGCCAUGUGAUUAACAGGCAGGCACAGGCAUGUGUUUUAAGACUGCUAGCCUUCUCCUUAUCUAUCAGAAUCCACACACGCGAUGUGAUUAACAGGCAGGCGCAGGCAUGUGUUUUAAGAUGUCAGUGCCUGCAGAAGUUUCGUGUUACUGAUUGCCUCCCGUAGAUCGACACCGUCCUUUGGAACUCGUGUCGUUAACAUCGGCAGCAGCAGCAGAUUGGAGACGCGCGCGCGUGCUUUUCGACUUGUCAUUGCCGAUGGUCGUUUCAAUUCUCCCUCAUGAACAACGAAAGACGUCGUCAUCUGAGAGCAGCACAUGAUCAGCAACGCUUCGCUUUCCUGUUGAAGGCUAUCAAAGCGCAGACGGUUCUCCGUGCGCUAUCGCAACGUCGGUGAGCCCGGCAACGGUUCUGUCGUCGAGCAGGUGGUUCUCCGUGCGUGUUUGCACAGAGGGAGGCACAGAGGAUUGCCUCCAAGGCGCCCCUUGUCAUCAUAUGUUAAUGGUUGUGACUUGCUGAAGGAUGAACAGUGUCGAGCCUGUGCGGUGUCACAACGUUCGUAACCCGACACUAUUUCUUCCGUCUAGCAGGUGGUUCUCCGGGCGUGUUUGUGCAGAGAGAGACACAGUACCGUCUCGAAAGCGCCUAUUGUGAUCGGUUAAUGACUGUGCGCUGCCGAAGGAUGAACGAUGAUGAGACCUGUGGAGUGUCACAGCGUUCAUAAACCCGGCACCAGUUCUUCUGUUUAGCAGCUCUGUGUUCUGCGUCUGAACUUGGUGCGGGAACGAGUUAACCUGCCUGGACUCUUUCUUUACACCGCAAACUCGCUAUUGACAUGUGGAUGUUCUUUUGUUGCGACGCCUGUGGUGAAGAGAGGUUUUCACUUGUUUCGCGUUCGAUUAAACUUGAUUUCACUCUUCCUUUCUGAACUCGAUAGGAUGGAAGAUUUAACUUGCUUCCAGCAGUUGAUUAAACUUGAUUUCAACCUCGUCGUUCUCCGUCUUUGCAGACACGAUGCGGUAGAGAGAAGCGUGGCGGUAUCUGCUUCCGCGCUGACGUACCUGGUCAUUCUCCAGUUUACCUACCCGCUUCGUCCAAUUGGUCGGAAUCAGCUCCUAUAAUUCUUCUGCAGAGCAAUUGUGAUCAGUACUAACAUCCAUCCUGAGAAAUGACUAAGCCACAGUCAUUCUUUCACAACAUUGAUCCUCUACCACAGUCAUUCUUUCCCAUAGUCGGUGCUAUAGGGUGACACAGAGUAUGCUGUUGCUUUUGAUGGGUUUGCUAUUGCUAUUGCUAUUGCUGUUGAUGGGUUAAAUCACCAGUACACCCAUGCAUUGGCCGCGGGCCCCUUUCGUAGGCCGCCAGUAAUGCUUCAUAGGCCGCCGUUGGAAUUUAUCAACGGCGGCCCUGCCCCGGACGGCACCGGCUUUUUCGGUGGUGGCGACGAGUUUCUUUCUGCAAGGCUGGGGCCAGUGGUACUGGUGGUUUAAUCAGCCCAUCUGUUGGGGGGGACAGUGUGCCGCCGCAGUCGAUACAGUAUUUUUCGUCGACAGAAAUAUGACCAUGUUGGCAUAUUGCGGACCUCUUCGUACUCAUUCAACGGCUACUGGUGCAGUCACUGCUUGCUUCAUGUUUUCCAUCUUCACCAUGGGCCUCGCUUCACCAUUGUCGACAUGCACAAAAGGCAAAAAUUGUGGCGGCUCUUUCUAAGUUCUAGCUCUGGCGUCGUUUCUUCUGCCUGUGGCUCUGGCGUCGUUUCUUCUGCCUGUGGCUCUGGCGUCGUUUCUUCUGCCUGUGGCUCUGGCGUCGUUUCUUCUGCCCCCCUCUCAGGUAAACUCCUGUCUUUGCCUCAAUCUGGAUCUGCCCGUCAUGACCUGCCUCGUCUCCUAUUUCAAUUCGUCAAUUUCCUCUGCUAUCCUACUGGAUCGAGGGCCUCGAUCCACCACUCUCGACAUGCACAAAAGACAAAAAUCAUGGAGGUGUAUGGAUCUUUCUGUGUUCUAAGGGAAGAUUCACUCUCAUUUUGCACAUUUCGAGAGUAGUGGAGCCAGGCCCAGUGUUUUUUAGUGUUGUAGUACCCUCUGGGACCCCUACCCAGUGAAUCGGAUUUGUAUUGUAACAAGCAAGGGGGGUGUCUGUCCGCACCGCAUGAGAACGUGAACGGCUCAUGCAACAAUUGAUUGAGCGUCAUGCAGAUGCACUGUAUAGUACCAAAAAAAAUGCUUACGCAAAUGUGAUGAUGGCCUCGGCUUGUGUGUGUAGUUGCUGAAUGGAUUAGUCAAACUUCGACGGUUUCGCAAACAGUGUUCACUUUUCCAGGUCAAGAAGACUCGAAGGAUGAAUCCUGCUUCAGGUUGAUUGCUAGUAUUCUAGUGUGUUCUUAUUACCCGAUACUAGUCUGCGAUAGAUGUAAUGUUGGGGAGACUGGGGGAGUUUUAUAGUUCGAGGAAGGGAUGGACUUUUUCGAUUGACAAUCUCCCUCCGCGAGCUAUACCUUCGUCACCCGAAUAGAGCGCCCCACUGGUCAUUUUUAUAUCUGUAUUGGGGGCAACUUUCAGUCUACAUGCAGUGAUAAUGACCAGGCGAUCUAUUCGGGUGAAGACGGCAGCAGGUUUAUGCGGACGAGAGCAAGGUUAGAAGAAGAAGAAGCUGCCGUGGUUUAUGCGGACGAGAGCACGGUUAGAAGAAGAAGAAGCUGCCGUCUUUACCCGAAUAGAGCGCCCGUUCAUUAUCGCUGCAUGUAGACUGAAAGUUGCCCCCAAUACAGACAUAAAAAUGGAUGGAUGAGAGCAAGGUUAGAAGAAGAAGCAGUGUUUGUCACUCGACUGCGUGGAGAGAGAGGAGAAAAAGCCUUCAAUGCAGGCAGUGCUUCGUAGAAGGGAGGCAAGUGCUUCGUAGAAGGGAGGCGAGUGUGUCAUAUGUCCCCUUCCAUAAAAGGGAGACGCACUCGUGGAAAGAUGGAUGGACGCUUGUGGUCGCGCAGACGGAUUCACAGUUUGCUAGUCGUUAUGACGCGGCAGGCAGGACAGGAGUCGAGCUUAAGUUUUUUUCGUCUUCUAGCUGUCCGAUGAACACGAGGAUGACGACGUAAUUUCUCCGAAGGUAUGUUCAUCGGGUAGGGCGCGAUCAUUCUAUUGUGUUCGUAAUCGGACGACCCUUGUCGACUGGAAAAUCGCUGCCGCCGUGAGCCGUGCUGCUCGUCGUGUAAGCUGAAGUAAGAAGACUAUGGAGAAUGGAUGGGAGCCGAUGUUUCGACUCCGAACUGCUGACAAUGAGGGCAGCGAGUUCUUGCACAUAAAGUAUAGCUUCUUUAUGGAGGCGGGAGGAAGUUUAAUCUCCCUAGCCGUCUUCGGGCGAAGAGAACACCUGGUCGGUAUUGCUGCAUCUGGACUGAAAGUUGCCCCAAAUACAGUAUAACAAUCUGGCAUUGUAUUCUAGAGGCUGCUAGGCUGCCCUCAAUUCUCUACGUAGGUUUCACAUGGUUGGCCAAGGGAAGAAGGGGGACAUAUGAUUGCUUGCCCCCAAAGGAAGGACACGGCUCGACGUCGACUGCUACAAGACGUGUGUUGGACUCGCGUGCAGCUUUUGGCUCUCGCGGCGUGGAGCGGGGGGGGAGGGGGAGGUAAGCGAAGGGUGCCUGAACAGACUGGCUAGAUAUAGUUCAUCGACUGAAGCGAGAUGAGCUGGAACCGCUGUGGAUGGUUGACGUGGACACUGUCAGUCACAGAGGUAUUGGAAGUGAGAAAGAAGGAACGAAACAAUCACGUCGGAAAUGCGCACAAGGUAGCAGUGCCAAUCCUACCUGUUUUGUACUCUGCCUAAACAACGUACAAAAGGUAUGUGAAUCUUUCUGAACCUGUGCUUCUUGUCGUAUGUCGCUGGACAGAGGUCUAAUCUGAGAUUAUCAGACACAGUUAUGCGUUUUUGAGUCUGUCGUCGACACACAGCACAAGGAGUUUGUUUACUUAAUGUGCUGUGUGUCUAAGUUUGAAGCGGUGGCUGGUCCUGGGGUGCAACAGGCUGUAGCACGGCAAUGGCACACUGCUCUUUCUGACUGGAUUAGUGUUAUGAUUGCCACGAAGAAAGAAGAAAGAUGUAAAGGUGCACAGCAGUGAAGGACUAGAUGCAGAGAUAUCCGUACGAGGGGCAGGAGGGUCAACAUGUGCUUCGUGUUGCGACCGAAAUUUUUGUAUCGCAUCUGGAAUCCUCUGGUGACAUGGUUCUGUUUACGUGAGAGCUUGUACUCUACCAUCUUCAUCUGAAGAGAGAGAGAGAGAGAGAGAGAGAGAGAGAGAUGGUGACUCUGAAUACUGUGAUAAUGACCGUAUGUUUUCUAUUUGGGUCGAGAGGUUAGUGUUCACAUGACAGGUCUAUGUAGUGCUGUUGGCGCAGAUUGUCUUGCACAUUGCAACGACAGUGUGAUCAACGAAGGCGUGCGUGUGAGGAGCGGGAAGGUAAGUAUAGAGUGACACACGCACACCGACAUGCGACAUCCGUGCCGUGACAGGGAGGUUGCCGCGAUGAAUCGGAUUGGAAUUUUGGAAUCGUUCAUUCCUCCAUUUUGAUGUGGUUCCGCUUAUAUGAAUGAGCUUAUGCUACUAAUAGUAUACAUGGGUCUAAUGUUGUGCUGUUGGCGAAGAUUGUCUUGCAAAUUGCAGCAGACAUUUUUCUGUGCCAAGCCACCCCCAAUUUGCCGAUUUCAUGAUAUACAACUAAAUGCGGCUUUCCUUUUUCAAGCUCUCCGAGAGGUCUAAUGGUCAUAGCAAAAAUGAUUGCGCCAGUGUUUGUUCGCUCCAACCAACCACACACACUCAGACAUUGAAACUUCUGAGGAAACUUCUGAGGAAACUUCUGAGGAAAGUUGGCAAUCCAUGAGCAAAAAAUCAGUUAGUUGGGAAAAAGUUGGGAAAAUUUACUCGUCGUCUCCAAGCGCGAACGAAGUCUUAGUGUAGAACGUGCGGCGAUUGCUGCUUGUUUAGCGUCGUUAGCGAUCCGUUGAGGUUUUGUUACGCAGUUUAUAUAAAGCACGCUGUAUAGCAGAUCUGCGUGGAACGGAACACGCGGCCGAAGGGGUUUGGGCGAACGACGGCCUACUUGGAAGCAUCUGGUGUGUGCGUGAAAGUGACGAUACGCUUUGGAAAAGUGUUGUCGACGGCGCUAUACACUCUUUGCGAAGGAUGCGGCGGAAGCGGAGUUUGCCAUAAUUUGACGAAAACGUCAGGACAAGAUCAGACGCUUGGGUAAACAUGGUCGAGAGCCAGUUCCGUGAGGAUAGAAAGGGUGGAGGCGAGAUGACGAAACUCCGCGUGAAAUGAAACAUGAUGGCAGACCGUAGUUGCCCAAAGAUGGAGGCUUGCCGUUUGUUGCGAUCCGACUCCCAACUUCGCGUGUCCGUAAGUUGGGGAGCAGGCUGUUUUCCAUCUAUCAUGAGAUGGAGAGGAUUCAGGGAAGUGGAGCGCAGAGUUUUUUUUUUUUUUUUUUUCCUGAUCUGCUUGUGGACAGGUAGAUAGGUAGAGGAGAUCACAGAGAGAGGAAAGAAAGGAGAGUUUGUUUUCAUGUUGAUACUAUGGCCAGAGCGCACAGUGUGGAGGUCAUUGAGAGGCAGAGGCAAGGAUGGAGUUUGUUCCAGGAAUAUCAUCAGAUGGUGUGAGAAGGCAGGGGGGAUAGAGUUUGUUCCUGAUCUAUAUAAGGUUGGGCAAGAACUCAGGCACAGAGUUUGUUGUUCCUGGUUUAUACGAUGGGGCUAGAACACUGGCGUGGAGUUUGUUCCUGGGCUGUGAGACGGGAGACUAGAACACGGACACGGAGUUUGUUCCUGGUUUAUAAGACGGGGCUCGAACUCUUUGCGGUCUUCAUUGCACAGUUGCGGCACCCUUUUGGUUAUCAGACGUCAUCGAAGUUGAGUAUCAGGCAGGGAAACAGGUGGGACUGUUGAUUUUGUGUUGGUCAUUAUUAAAUGAUGAUUAAAGCAAGUUUUUCGUCUUUGCAGGUCGUAUCUUGGAUGAACCUUUUAUUUCUUCCGGAUC